UCUGUUUUCAUAAGAAGUUUGGGCAGGGGAAGGGCUUGAGAAGAAACAGAGUAGGAAGGUGGUUGGUCGUGGAGGAGGAGUUCCAAGAUUGGAUUUUCAACGAGUCUUCCACAUGAAAACCCCCAUAAAUCUUUAAAAAAUUACAGUAGGGAGAACCGCCAACCACUCCCUCCGCCCGCUUUUUCAAGUUGGAAACAUUCAUCAAACAGACCACCCAACAACCUACCCCCCCCAAACCUUCUCCUUAUAAUAACCUUCCCUCCUCGUCAAUCUGGUUUCAUCCCCAUUGCACUUUGCACUUAGCUCCACCGGAGAAAGAAAACCAGCACGAACCCAAGAAGAAGACCCGCGAUCUGACCAGCCAUGGAUAGGUCUUUCAAGCAGCAGCAGCUUCUGGCUUGCGCCGCCCUGGUCAUGUCCAUGGUGGUGCUGUCCUCUGCUCAGACGUGCUCCAACUACGCCUUCUCUGGGAACAAGGUGUUCAGCUCCUGCACCGAUCUGCCUUACCUGAACUCGUUUCUCCACUGGACUUACGACUCGUCGGCCAACACGGCCCAGAUAGCCUACCGGCACGCCUCCGUGGCCGCGUCCACGUGGGUGGCUUGGGCCAUCAACCCGACCUCGACCGGCAUGGUCGGGGCCCAGUCGCUCGUGGCUUACCGGCAGUCGAACGGGACCAUGAGGGCCUACACGUCUCCGAUCAGCGGGUACCAGACCCAGUUGACGGAGGGGGAUCUGAGCUUUAACGUAUCUGGCCUCUCCGCGACUUAUGCGAGCAAUGAGAUCAUCAUCUUCGCCACCAUAAAACCCCCGAGCAAUGGCUCGGUGAACCAGGUUUGGCAAGAUGGACCGCUCUCCGGCGGGUCCCCGAGCGUACAUGCCACUACCGGCGCUAAUCUUCAGUCCAAGGGGACUCUGAAUUUUGCCUCUGGUCAGGCUGGGGCAUCUGGGGGUGGCAACUCUAAGACAAGAAAGAGGAAUAGACAUGGAGUACUAAAUGCUGUGAGUUGGGGGAUUUUGAUGCCUGUUGGUGCCAUCAUAGCCAGAUACUUGAAGGUGUCAAAAGCUGCGGACCCAGCAUGGUUUUACCUCCAUGUCACAUGCCAAUCCUCGGCCUAUAUCAUUGGCGUUGCCGGAUGGGCAACCGGUAUCAAACUCGGCAGCGAGUCGCCCGGCAUAACCUUCACCGCUCACAGGACAAUUGGCAUUAUCCUGUUCUGCCUCGGCACACUUCAGGUGUUUGCUUUGCUUCUAAGGCCCAAUAAGGACCACAAAUACAGAUUCUACUGGAACAUCUACCAUCACUCCAUGGGUUACACGGUGAUCAUCCUCAGCAUCAUCAACAUAUUCAAGGGGUUCGACAUCCUGGAUCCAGAGAAGAAGUGGAAGGACGCUUACAUUGGAGUGAUUGUGGCCUUGGGCUGCGUCGCGGUGGUUCUAGAGGCGUUCACUUGGUACGUGGUUCUGAAGAGGAGGAAAACGCAAGGUGGGUCGAAAUCGCCUCACGGCAUGAAUGGAUCGAAUGGUUAUAAUCACAAUGGAUAUGGCGCGAGGCCACACCAGGAGGCGUAGAAGAAUGAUCUAUGAGAUCGUGGCUGCGGGUCAUUUUUGGCCCUCCUUUCAUCUUUUCUUCUCUUUCGCUGUAUGGGUCUUAGACUUCACAGUGAUGCAUACUAUGUAAAUUUUAUACACUGAGUUACAUUCAGUUAUAUGUUAUGUUGUUGCGAGGAGUUUAGGACAUGGCAGUAAUUCUUUCAUAGCUUUUCUAGGAAUGUCUCCUCUGGAUUUCGGGUUUCCCCAAGUUUCCAGGGAGUAUGUACUUUACCGUGUUUAUUACUGAAUCCUCCAUGCCUUUUUUCUUUGCUUCUAA